AUGUUCAAGGUAAAGGGUAAAGGAGAGUUGCUAUCCAAAUUCGAGAAAGGACGAAUUUUUGCAGAGAAGGAACAGGGACUGUUGAAUCGUAGAUUCGCUCGAGAUUUGGGCCGAUGCCAUGCGGUUGUCGGCAAUUUCGUCAAGAAUCCUGCAAGGUGUAGGACCAAAAGGAGUACGGGACGUCCUUCAUUACUUUCGGAAGGAGACAACCGAAAGAGAGAAGCGUCGAAUACCAAUAAGUCGUGCACGAAAAUCAAAUCCUCAUUGGAGCUCGAGGAUUGCUGUAUGGGACGUGAUGAAUAA